AUGGCAUGCUUGAAAAAAGCACAACUCUUAUUCUUUAGGGAUCCUCUCAGUCGGUCAGUCCCCUCCAGUAUUCACUUCCACUCCCACUUCCCCCCUUCUUCAGAUUCAUUUGGCAAUACGUGUUCCCUCUUCAGUUCGUGCUUGGUCUUCUCGGAAAUUCCCUGAAUCUUUGGGUACUCGCCAGCGAUGAGGUACCCAAUAUUGCCAGUGACAUGGUGAGAUUAAAAGAAAGUGGAGAAAAAGAAGAAGUAUUUGAGUGGGUUCAGCUGGCGGCGGUUUCCUUCUGCGAUUUGGCCUUCCUGCUCGUGAUGCUCCCUCAUUGUCUGGCCGCAUUUGACUCGAUUGCCUAUGACGUCUCAUUCAGAUACUUUUACCUGAAUACGAAACAGCACAUGUCUGCGGUGGCAAAUUGGAUGAGUGCGGCCGCCAUCUGGUGAUCCCUUUUCUUGUCAUGAUUCCGUUUCAAUCGAAUCCCUCUGCAGGCUGAUCCUUGCCGUUUCCAUUGAACGCUAUUUGAUAGUGCGAUCUCCGUUGCGCGCGAAACUCUACUGGCAACGUGGCAAGAUGGUCGUCGUUCUCUCGUCGAUCUUUGUCACCACCGGACUCCUCACAGUCUAUCAUCAUUUCGAGUGGGAUUGUGUGAUCGAAGAGUUCUGCAACGGCACUCAACUCCUCGACUUUUGCUACUAUUCGGGUAUGCGGCAUCAGAAAACAUAUCGGAACAAGGAUUGGGUGAAUCCGAGCAAUGUGAAGAAGGUCUACUUGAGAUUUUCGACGUUUCUGAAUGCGAUACUGGUACGUUAGAAUUGAAUGGAACAGGGACGAAUCUGACUGUUUCAGGUUGUAUUCGUUCCGAUCGUUUUAGUAAUUUUGCUGAACGUACUGAUGAUUAGACAAUUGAAGAUCAACUGGACGUCUCCCAGAUUAGAAUCAAUGAGAGGAACCAUGAACAGAAGCCAAGUGGUGAGAAAUCUUUUCGUGCGGAUGGUUAUUAGGCUCACAAACAUUUUCAGCGUCAACGACAACGAGUGACGAUCACUGUCAUCGCCAUUGGACUGUGUUUCUCGUUGAGCCAGGGACCUUCUGCUUUCAUGGUUUUGUAUGAACUCUUCUCCGAAUACGAACUAGGUCCCACGUUUUAUGCCAUCUUCAGGUAGCUCAUAUUUGAAUGAAUAAAAUUCUAACAUAAAGGAUUUUCAGCAUAACAAACUCGCUAGUUGUGACUGGUAAAACCAUUAACUUCAUUCUGUUCUGUCUAUCAUCUGAACACUUUCGACGCAAGUGCUUUGUGGUAAUCUAUCGAAAGUUUCCAAAGGUUAGUACUCACACUUGCAUUCUUGAACACAAUCUGAAUUUUAGUUGUCUCAAAGCAGUUUUGGCAAACGUUUUCUCGACAAUCGCUCCAACUCAUGUGAUCGGUCCUCUUCGCUUCGGACCGUCCGUUCCAGGAGAGGCUCAGCCAAUACCCUCGCGAGUCCUUCGAGGGACGGAGGCAACCUUCUGACCGUAGAGGAAGAGGCGUCUUGUGCCUCAAUCGAAAAGUCACGAUCCCUGUCCAUUUCCCGCCAGACUCUUUCCCACCGAACUCGUCUGGAUUCUGGCUUCUCUCAAGAGCCGGAAACUUCUUCUGCACCACCUUCUUGA